GAACUUUUGAGAAGAUUACACUCCAUGUACUCUGCCAAAGCCACCAAUCCAACACAACGCACGUCAGUUUUGCCAGCUCAUCAUAACCAUGAAGCUCCUGGUCCAUCAUCAAAAGAAUUCAUUGUUUCUGAUAGAUCUUCAGAAGUUUCAAAAACCAGUUACCUGCCUAGUGAGGAGCACUUUACAAAAGAUUCAAUUUUGAAAUAUUCCAGGCGUGUAGACCCAUGUUUCUGGUGGUUCCGUACUAUCAAUUUGAAGUUUGGUAAUUUUCGAUUGGCCAUAACCAACAGGAAGAUUUUGCUGGGAUGCUUGAUGUUUGUUAUGUAUUAUGUUCUCAGAAGGAAACAAACUAAUUUAAAGGGGAUUAUUAGGAGACAAGUUUUAUCCAUAAAGAAGGCUUUGGUGGACUUGUGGCAGCUCACAUUUUCAUACCAAGUGAACCCCCUUGCUGCUGUUCAACCUCUUCCUGCUGUGACCCGAGGAAGCCGGUGAUGAUUGUAAACAAAACUUUUAGUCUUUUACAUGUUGUUCUGGCCCUUGGUCUUUUGUUUUUUUUUUAAAAAAAAUAUUCACUUACAAAAAUAAAGUUUUAAAAGUAAUGAAGAUAAAACAAAAUUAUAUUCCAAAUAAAUUAGUCUCUCAAUUUUGGAAAUCAA